AUGGUGGGUUCGCGGUCGGGACGGGACGGGGGAGGUGGCGGGGCCGGGCGGGGGGGCAAGUUCUCGGUGGAGGAGCUCUACGGCCUCAACAACAACAAGAAGCCCAAGUCGUCGGGGCCGCCGGUCCGGCUGCCGAAGGGCCGAGCGGCCGGCCCCAGGGACGACUGCCCCAUGUCGGAGGAGGCGAGGGCGGCCCGGGACCAGCGGCAGCUGGAGACCUUCCUGCGGCAGUGCCGCCUCUCGCUGGCCGACACGGUGGCCCAGCGGACCGGCAUGGAGUACAGGAAUCUCGGGAAAUCUGGACUUCGAAUCUCUUGUUUGGGUAUUGGAAGCUGGGUGACCAUUGGCUCCCAGAUUUCGGAAGAGGUUGCCGAGGACAUCCUGACAGUCGCCUACGAGAGUGGCAUCAACCUGUUCGAUACCUCGGAGAUCUACGCUUCGGGCAAGGCCGAAGCCACACUGGGAAACAUCAUUAAGAAGAAAGGCUGGAGACGGUCCAGUUUUGUCAUCUCCACCAAGCUCUACUGGGGCGGACAGGCGGAAACGGAAAGGGGAGUCUCCCGCAAGCACAUCAUCGAAGGGUUGAGGGGUUCUCUCCAGCGGCUGCAGCUCCAGUACGUCGACAUCGUCGUUGCCAACAGGCCCGACGUGAACGUCGCCUUGGACGAGAUUGUCCGAGCCAUGACUUUCCUCAUAAACCAAGGGGAGGCGAUGUACUGGGGGACGUCUCGGUGGAGCGCCGUCGAGAUCAUGGAGGCUUACUCCAUCGCACGGCAGUUCAACCUGAUCCCACCCUCCUGUGAGCAGCCCGAGUAUCACCUCUUCCAGCGGGACAAGGUGGAGGGGCAGCUGCCCGAGCUCUACCACAAGAUCGGUCUCGGCACAAUCACGUGUUCCCCACUGGCCUGUGGCUUCAUCACUGGGAAGUACGAAGACUGCAUUCCAGAAUAUUCCAGGGCUUCACUGCAGGGCUAUGAGUGGCUGCGGGACCAGAUCACCAGCGAGGAGGGCCAAUCACAGCAAGCCAAGCUCAAGGAACUGCAGCCGAUUGCCGAGAGGAUGUCCUGCACCCUGCCGCAGCUGGCGAUCGCGUGGUGCCUGCGGAACGAUCCGGUCAGCUCGGUCCUCUUCGGAGUCUCGGACACGGCGCAACUGCGCGAGAACCUCGGCGCCGUUCAGGUGAGUGUCCCUUACCGUUGA